CUACAGGCAACCGAUGGAUCCAAAUCAGCUGAGUGGAAGCUUGGAUCAACUACACGUUGAUCCCGUUGUGCCUAACAGAAAGCGCCGGCCCGCUAGGGCACACCACCAAUUGACGCCUGGCAGUAAUGUGGGCCACGGCCAGAGUAUCAACAACAGUAAUAACAACAACGUGGGCGGGUUCAACAGCGGUGUCAGCGUCCCAAUGGGUAGCUCACUGAGUGGUGCUAGUAUGAAUCUCGGCCAAGCAAACUAUUCUGCUCAAUUCCAACAGCAGCAGCCUGUUCCACAACAAGGUGUGUUGCCUAGUGAAGAAGGAGAUAUACUGUCUGUGCCUUUGAAACGGUAUCGGGCUGCACAGGAAUAUUCAAACGUCUCUUUCAAGUCGUUCGAAAAUGCUCUUCCUCCACCUUCAACGACACAGGUCCACUGUAUCGAUCAAGGAACUGCAACACCGAAGUUUGCAAGGCUUACUAUGUACAAUGUUCCGACGACGGAAUCCCUCCGCAACUCCACAAGGCUGCCGUUGGGAAUGACGGUUCGUCCAUUUGCACCUGUGGAUGCCAAUGAAGAGACGAUACCAGAAGUUGACAUGCUAUCGCUUGGUGGACCCCUAAGAUGUCGUCGUUGCAGAACUUACUUGAAUCCUCAUAUGAAGUUUACCCAUGAACAACAGUUCAUCUGUAACAUCUGUAAGGUCUCAAACCCGGUGCCUGUCGAUUAUCAAGUCCCUAUUGAUAUCAGUGGGAAAAGACUAGAUUAUUUACAGAGACCUGAGCUUUGUAAGGGCGUUGUUGAUUUCUUGGUGCCAAAUAGUUACAGGGUUGACGAGAAUGAAGAACCAGGUCCUAUGCAUUUCGUCUUCUUGAUUGACGUAACAGCCUCACAGGAUGUUGUCAGAACUACAACAGAUGCAAUCAGAAGUAUCAUCAAUGAGCUGUCAUAUCCUGCAAAGGUUUCAAUCAUCGCGUAUGAUCAGAAGAUUUACUGCUUUGACCUCAGUGAUGAAAGAUGCCAGGUUGUCAUUGUUUCCGAUCUGAAGGAUAUAUUCGUUCCCUUCUACGAUGGAUUGUUUGUUGACGUCAAUACACAAGGACAGUCCAUUUAUGAUGCGCUGAAUCGAAUCGAUGAUAUGUUUGUUGAGUUCAAGAUGCCAGAAGCUGCAUUUGGAUCUGCUUUGAAAUUUGCCCAAGAAGCACUAUUCCAAGUUGGUGGAGGUAAAAUCUGUGCCACGUUAUCCAAGUUGCCAACCUGGGGAGAAGGCAUCUUAGCUUGGGGUGAAAACAAACCAUUGAGCUGUGAGACCUUCAAAUGUGCUAAUAACUAUUAUCAAAAACUUGCUGAUUCUUGCCUUUCAUCCUAUGUGGGUCUUGAUAUGUUCGUGUUCAGUUCGGGUUCUGUUGAUCUCAUCAAUUCUGCAAACGUUACACUUCGUACUUCUGGAACCUUGAAGUUGUAUCCAAACUUUGUCGCCGAAAGAGAUGAGAUUGAAUUCACUGAGGACUUGAAGUCGUCUGUAUUGAGAACGCAAGGUUAUCAAGGACAAUUGAAAGUACGUUGCUCAGAUGGGCUACAAGUGUCGAACUACUAUGGAAAUGUGGAUACGGCAUUUUCUCGUGAACCUGUGGUUCCAGUGUUGAGUUCUGACUGGCAAUUCUCAGUUCUGUUCUCCUAUGAUGGAAAACUCAGCUCUGCGGACGACGCUCAUUUCCAAUCCGCCGUAUUGUACACUGGUGUUGACGGUGUACGUCGUGUCAGAGUUGUUAAUAUGUGUGCAGCUGUCACUGAGGAUAUUAGAACUGUGUUUGCCUUUGCAGAUCAGGAUGCUGUUACUGAUAUCAUUGUGAAGAAUUGCCUCCACUACUUUUCAAAGCAAAAUCCAAUUGAGAUUAAGAAUUCCACGAAGACUAAACUCGUUGAUAUCUUUUCCCAAUAUAGGGCACUGGCUGCUAGUUCAAACUUGUUACCAACUCAGUUAGUAUUCCCCGAGGGGCUUAAUACGCUGUGUGCCUUCAUCAACUCUUUCCAGAAGAGCCGUGUCUUUAAAUCAUCAAUCAGUAACAACUUGUGUGUCUACGAUUUCUUCCAGUUGAACUCUUUACCUUUGGAAAAGUUGAUGUGGAAAUUAUAUCCUGUCGUCAUUGAUCUUCUGACGUUGGACCUUGAGGAUUCGGAUAGCUUGAAACUUCCUGAGAAUUCUCGUGCAUCCUCUGAAUCUUUGAAAUACGGUGGUGCAUGUUUAAUCUUCAACGGAGUGAAGCUUCUUCUUUGGUUACACAGUGCUGUAAAUCCGCUCUUGCUUGAUGCACUAUUUGGCGUUGGUUCACUUGACUUGGUGGAUCCCCUUCUGACAAUAUUACCUGAGCUUGAUACUGAUAUUUCACUCAAGGUUCGUUCCAUUGUUGACUACUGGAGAGAAGUCCUUAAACAAGAAACUAUAGCAGUACACAUUUGUCGACAAGGUAUUGAUGGUAACGAAUUCGAAGUGAGGGAACUACUUGUUGAAGACCGGGCACUUGACAAAACAGAAUCGUAUCUUGAAUUUGUUGGUGAUGUUCAUAAGCGAAUCAAAAGCAAGAUCCAAAAUGAAAACAUCAGACAGGACGCUGAAUAUGAUGAUUCAACGCUAAGUCAAAGGUUCAUACAUUUUUAGAAAACACAUUACAAAAACAUACUAACUGCUUGUUUUGCCCCUCUCUUAACCUAAGAGACGUAGCGUCAGUUCCACUGUGGCAAACGUGCCUGCACUACAUGGAAUUGCUCUGAUGAGUGCUGGUGUUAUACCUCUCCAGAAGCCUUUAAAUCCACUGUCCUUCCAAACCACCUGGGCCACAUCUCGUGCAUUCCUGAAUUGAGCUUUUGAACCGAAUCCAUCGCUUUGUAAUUUGCUCUUGAUCACAUCCAGUGGGUAGGAUGCUAGCCAUAGGGCAUCGCCUGCAAGAGCACCAUAGAGUAAGAGCUCUGGCGUUGAGAGGUCCUUCCGUUCAAUUCCUGAACUAUGCAGUGCUCGUUGGACGAGGAACUCAUAG